AUGAACGACGUUGUGGGGGGAUUGUUUGCGCUCGUGACGUUGUGGGUGAUUGUGCGCAUUAUUGGAGGUGCAGCCAGACAAACCCAUGGAUCCGCCCUCACCCAGCCAUCACCGGAGGCUGUCCAGGCCGUCCGGUCCAUGUUUCCAGAUAUUCCGGAGGCAUCCAUCCGCUAUGAUCUGUCGUUAAGUGGCAGUGCAGAAGUAACUUGCGAGCGAAUCCUGCAGCAGGGGUACCUUCCAUUACCGCCCCCCGGCUUUCCAGGUGCUGACGAAGCUCGCCAGGCGGUAUCCGAGGACUAUCAACGGCGCCAGACGCCAUCCACGUCAGCGGCUGCUACUGCCUCCGCCACCAAAGCUGCAUCGUCUACUUCCUCGAAUCUCAUAUCGCGAUUCCACUUGGAAAGUCGCCUGCACGAGCCACAUACCACACCGAAAGGCAAGGAGCCAGCCGCUGUGGCAUGGUCUCCCAACGCGCAGGAUCGCCAACAGAGCUUACAGGAACGAAAAGCGCAAAUGAUUCUCCAGGCACGUAAGCGCUUGGAAGAACGUCGUUCAGAGUGA